AUGGUGGAGAAGGAGGAUGUACUGAGUGACAAGAAGAUUGAAGUAAUUACUAAGGAUAUUCCUGAGGAUGUUCAAUCUGAAGUAGCUGAUAUUUGUAUGAAUGCGGACGACUUGACUAAUGUGAAGAAGUACUCCAAGAAGAUAAAGGACUUGUUGGAUCGGAAGUUUGGAAGUGGUUGGAAUGUUAUUAUGGGGGAGAGUUUUUCUGGGAGUUGUUCAGUGGCUGAGAAGUCUUUUCUUCAGAUCAAAAUCUCUAAUAUUAUGAUUUUGGUUUUUAAAUCAAGUAAGUUGGUUAAAGGUAGUGAUAGCAGUAAAUAA